GUGUCCCCGUCGGCUUUUUCGAAAGUAGCGACGGCGGGAGACACUUUAUCUUCCUUUUCCUCCUCCAAGGCGGCUCUCUCGUCCUCCGAGAUGACCUCCCUGGCCAAGGAAGACUCGACUAUGACCGCUUCCACUCGGGUGAGAAGGAUGUUGAAGAAGGCCGCGGAAGAUUUCUAAACACCUGACGGACAUAUCCUUCAUCCCAAGACAAAUAUAAAAAAAGAAAAAGGCAUAUACUUUUUCCAAUCCUGAUCAUAGCUAUUCUACAUAAUCAAGUAGAUAAGAAGACAAAGUUUUUUUGUUUUUUUGUUUUUUGUAAUGGCGAUAUCUGGCUUCGACUGACUGCUGACGUCAAAGGCGUACUACGGGCAACAUUUUUUUCUCUCUCUCAAAAAAAAAAAAAAGUUCUACGAAGUGAGUGACGAAGUGAAGAAGUCAUCUUUUUCAAGAGACAUCUUUUCUGCAACUUGGACGCGGCCGGAGACUAAGACUGCGACGAGAUCUGGAACUUUGUUACUUCCGAAGAUAAAGAUGACUUGUCGGUUGUUGGCUCGGUUUCCCUUGACGCUGAUUUCCGCUCGGGGAUGGGGAUGCAAAGCACUGAUAUGUCACCAGAAAAAAAGUAACUGGGUUUCAGAUCUUGGUUUUAUGUAAACGAAUGUAACACAAGAGAAAAUGGGCGUCAUGUCCAAAAAAGGAGACUGUGUUGUGUCUUUGUUUACUUUUGUUGAGCAUUUGAAUUAUUUUCUUUUUUUUGGAUAGGAUAAAAACAUUUUUUUUCCAUUCACGCUCUGCCAUAUACAUUUUUGUGCAUUUUGUAUAUAAUAUUGGCCCGUAUUUUUUCAUACAUGGUUAAUCAAAAUGUAAAUUAUCACAAAAAGUGCUCUAACAUGACACUACCAGGACAUAAAUCAGUUAUCGACAACCAAAACACUUUAAAAUUUAUUUUUAGAAAUUCUAUUGUAAUGCUCGUACUUUAAAUAAAUGAUACACAAA